CAACAAUACGAUGUUUUUUGUUUUAUCACAUUAGUGAGAGCAAUUGCACCAAUUGUUAUUCGGCAGUCCAAUUCUAUGAAACGGUCACAGUUAAAAUAGUGUCAAUUCUACCAUUUUCUUUUCUAUGCAUUCAUCACAAAUAAAAUGUCACAAGUUUCACAACCUUUGGCGGUUUGAUAAUCGGUAGAUUCACAUAACAAUCGACCAGUGGAACAAUCCUUACGCCAUUUUGGCCAUUUAUCUCUGUAAUUUGCUUUGCCUAUUUGUCCACUUUUGUUUACAUUCUACUCACUUGAAAAUCGUACAGAAUGGAAAUCAAGAUUGAGAGCAAUAAUUUGUUUUUUGACGUAAACAAGAUUUGCCGGGUGUGUUUAUCCGAAAAGGAGCAAAUGAGAUCUGUAUUUAUGCAGGAUGAAUCCACAGGACAAUCAGUGAUUCUUGCUGAAAUGCUGAUGGGAUUUUCUGCUGUUCAGGUAGGUUGUUGAAAACUACUAGAUGUUCAUAUCUAGGAAUAUUUUGAUCUGCAUUCAUGUGUUGUAAGGGAGGGCAUAGUAGAUCUGCUGAGGCCCAUAGGCAAAAUAGUCCUAAGCAAUCUAGAGCCAUUGUUUUAAAAUAUACCAGCACUGGUAUAUUACUAUAGGUCUCAUAAAAGAAAUGAUAAGCCAUUGAAGAGCAAAAAUGCCAUACUUCAUAAUGGAGUAUUUCAUACUAUGUAGUUGCAUCAAGCCUCUUCAAAGCUUGGGGCCCUGGUGGACAAUUUUAUCAAUCCUAUUAUGGCCAUAUCUCGACCAGAUAGAAAAUGGUGAUGGACUUCCAACCCUUAUAUGUCUCCAAUGUGUUCACCAAAUAAGCAGAUGCUAUUCUUUUAAACAACUAUGUGAGCAGUCAGAUAUAAAUCUGAGGCAUUACCUGGGUAAACCAGUGCCACCAAAACAAAAUAAAGUAGAAGAAACUCAAAACAAUGAAUAUCCUACUUCUCUCUUCUUAGACAACUUUGGCCUGGAUUCAUCAUCUGAUGAUAGUGAUGAAGAUGACUAUAGAGAUGAUUUCUUAACUUUGCCACCAAUUUUAUCAAACAAUACAAAUGAUGAAAAGGUUAUUGCACAGAAACAGCUUCUAAAGGCAGCUAAAUUACAAAAAAUGAAGAUAAACAAAAGAAAGAUUUUAAGCAAAGGGAGCAAAGUAGCCGCUACUAAGAAACAGAAACGCAACCUCAAUCAGUGCAACGUAUGCAGGAAACAAUUUGUGAAUUUGAAAGCAUUUAGAAAGCACCUGCGAACGCAUAUAGAGGACAGACCAUACAAAUGCAAACUUUGCCAACGUGGGUUCACAGAGGAAAACUACCUUAAUAACCAUAUGCGGACACAUUUGCCUGAUGAACAGAAACCUCAUGAGUGUAACGUGUGUAAUAAAAGAUUUAUACAUGCGACGCUUUUGAGCAAGCAUCUUUUGAAACAUAGUGGUGAAAAACCAUAUGUCUGCAAAAUAUGUAAUAAGGGGUGUUAUGCUGAAAAUAGCCUUCUUAAGCAUAUGAAGAUCCAUGAGAAGAAAGAAGGUGAUCCAGCAUUACUGAAACAUAUCUGUGAUUAUUGUAAAACUGAGUUUCCUGAUGCACAAGUUCUAUCAGUACAUAUUAAGCAGCAUACCGGCGCCAGGCCAUUUGUAUGCAAUAUUUGUGGAAAAAACUUUCCACAGAGGUUCAACCUCGAACUUCAUCUUAGAACUCAUACAGGAGAAAGGCCAUUCAAGUGCGAGGUGUGCAAAAAUGGUUAUGUAUCAAAGGCGAGCCUUAAAAUCCACAUGAGAACACACACAAAUGAGAGGCCGUUUGUCUGUGAUUUUUGCGGUAAAGCGUUCAGACAGUCUGGAGAUCUCACUAGUCACAAGCGACUUCAUGGAACUGAUAAGCCUAUUGAGUGUACUGUGUGCCAAAAAAGAUUCACAACCUUGAUGAAGCUGAAAUAUCACAUGCGCAACCACACCGGCGAGAGGCCGUACGUGUGCAAUGUGUGCGGCCGGGGAUUCACCGUGAACACAAUCUUGCUGCGACACAUGCGCGUCCAUUCGGGCGAACGGCCGUACGUUUGCGUCAUAUGCGGCAAGGCGUUCUCGCAAAGCAGUACGCUGAACACGCACAUGAAAGUACAUGCGUCACCGCCUAAGCAAGAUCAUGAAGAACAACCGCAACAGAAGGAUAUGAUGAAGUUCCAGAUUAAUAAUGAGAAGUAUCAAGCUUCGACACCAGCCCAGCAACAGGUAGUAGUACAGUGUCAGUCCCAACCGCCAGCCUCCCAGGUACAGGAACAUACGUCACGAAUGCUCGAGGCCGACCAACGUAUGCCAAGCAACGAUAUGAGGAUGAUGCCUGCUGAUAAUACCCGAAUGAUAGCGACCAGUGACAAUUCUCACAUUGGAUUGAUGGACAACACCCGGUUGGUCACAAACGAUGGUACCACAUUGUUGGUCAAUAUUGCCGACAGUCUCAGGGUGUUCGUCAACGACAAUAAUAAUACCAGAUUGAUUACCAACGACAACAGGAUAGUGAUGACUCAAGAUAACAGACUGGUGGCCAACAUGAAUGAUAACAGCAGAAUCACUACUGUUGUAGAUAGCACUAGAAUUUUGACUGAUAAGUACCUUACUAGUUAUGAUCCUUAUCAUCGUGGACAUUUAUGAAAGGAGGAUAAUUUAUAAUAGACUUGUAAUAUACUCAAGUGCAAAAGUGGAAUGGAAUGUAGAAUUGAAAAGUGUGUCUUUUGUUUAAUUUUAAUGUUGUUUUAAUUAUGGGGAGUCUAAUAUCUACAUACAUAGUCAAAAUGAUUAUACUAUUGAAUUGCAGGUGCUUUGAAAGCAUUUUUUCUCAAGUGAACAUUUUUGAAUCAUAAGGUUGUCCUUUUCCUAGGAAUCUGUUGGAUUUAAAUAUAUAGUGUUUUAUCAUUUAAACCCAUGUAUAAAGACUGAUAAUGCAUAUUAAAAAAAAAUUUAAGUUUUCUAAACUUUUAUGGUAUUUUUCAUACUGAAAUUGUAAUAUUGUUUCACUGGAUAUAGUAUCAUCGAAACAGGAUACAUUCUUUUAAUAGUGAUUAUACUUUUAGACAUUUCACAUUUUUUGUAUGCUGU